UCUUUAGUAAUUGGUGUUGUAGUCUAUCAAAGCAGGUUUGCCUUGUUUAGGUCCACCCAAGCGACAACUAGGGAUAUGUCAUUUUGUUACUUUGGGCCCUAAUGUGGUUGGAGAUGGGAUAGGAAAAGGUGUUGGUAGUCAGGGUAAUUAUUAUGUUGUAGUUUAUUGGGGUUGCGACGUAAGACUACAAGACACAACUUCACUGUUCAUUUUUCCAACAGCGUUUUCAGAUUUGAUGGUUUCUUCCGUGAGCUGAGAACUGAUCCUUUUAUCUUUUGGUUUAAAAUGUUGUGGCUGCUUGAAGUUCUUUGACAGGUAGCGUUUUGGAGCGCCAAUUAACGUUCACCUGCUGUGCUGGGUGCAGGCACUUCAAGCCGGUACUAUAGCUGGUGGUUGAAUAGCUAAAGCUUUGGAGUGUGGAUGUGGUCAAUGAAGAUGGCGCUAUAUUGUGACGAUACUGCCGAAAUGGACCCACCGGUACCAGCGGUUGUGGGCAGUGGUUUGCGGAGCCGUCCGGGUUCGAUUGAGCGAGAAAGCAGAGUGCAGGCUGUCAAAGUCCAGAUGUUGGAAUUGCUGGGCCCCUAUGAACCUGUCAUGACUUACAUUCAAUCAGUUUUGGUGUGGGAAAAGCCUGUACACAGUGUGUUGAUUCACCUGGUUGUCAACGUUGUUUUCUGGUUUUUUGCCCUAACUUCACUUAGACUGCUUUUCGUCCUGGCAUUUGGCUUGAUAAUAGUAGUUUGUAUUGAUCAGUGGAAGAACAGAAUCUGGCCUGAAAUCAGAGUGUAUCGGCCACUUGAGUAUGACAGUGAAAGCUGGGGUUUUGUUCACCCUAAGUUGCUUAGCCUCCCAGAGCUGUGUCAUUAUAUAGCUGAAGGAUGGAUCUAUGUUGCUGACUUUCUGGGGAAUCUGCUACUUUUUAAAAAGCAUAACCCAGGAAAGUUUUGUCUUUUAGUUUGUGGAGUGUUAACAUUUUUGGCAGUUCUUGGUCGCUAUAUUCCAGGGCUUCUGCUGUCCUAUCUUCUGUUACUUCUGGUCCUUCUGUUGCCUUUGGCAGUGUAUCACAAACUCGGACAACGACUUUAUUCUAAGCUGGAACCAACCCUGUUGAGACUAGAUUUCAGUGUUAAAGGGUAUAUGAUGUCUAAACAGAAAGAACGGCAAAUGGGUCGUGGAAUUCUCCAUCGUGGCCCUAUUGAUAAUGAAAGUGACAGCGAGGAGGAACUUGCAGCUUUUUGUCCCAAGCUGGAUGAUUCCGUGGUUGCAAAGGAGUUGACCAUUUCAGAUUCAGAGCAUUCAGAUGCAGAAGUAUCUUACACGGACAAUGGAACAUUUAACCUUUCUCGGGGUCAGACGCCACUCACAGAAGGAUCUGAAGACUUUGAUCGACACAGUGAUCCAGAGGAGUCAUUUGCUAGAGAUCUUCCAGAUUUUCCAUCCAUAAAUCCAGAUGUUGCUGGAAUAGAUGAUGACGACGAUACUAGUAUUGGGAUCCCCACAACUUCCUACCGCACUCUAGGACAUGAUGAGACCAGUCUUUAUGAUCAAGAGGAAAUCGAUGAAGAACUUUCACUUAGUAGCAUGCCAGGAUUUCAUAAUUUCACAAAUAAUCCAGAACUGGAUAUUGCUGGAAUGGUGACUAGGGGUAUGAUACAACUGGCCUUGUCCAAAUCAAAUCAGCAAGCUCAAACCCGUACUCAUGGCCAUCAGAGAGGGGAACAAACAUAUUCAAGGAACUCCAACUCUGAAAUGGACACUGAUGCAGAAGGUGAUGAUUUUGAAGUGUUGGACCAGUCGGAACUCAGCCAAAUAGAUUCUGCUGACUAAAGUCACUGAAUAAAUUUUAUUUCAUUUUCCAUCACACCUUUUAGGAAACAGUGCAGUGUCAGUGUGGUGCAGUUUAGAAAAAUAUGUAUACUUUUUGGUGUUUCGUUCAAACAUGGCUGCGAAUCACUGUGAAGUUUACUUCAUGCUGAAGGGAUGUGUAUGCCUUUAAAAAGGCAAAUACCUUCAGUUUUUGUUGAUGUGGAUUGAUUUUCGUCACAUUCCCUACAUUCUUCUCUGUCACCGUUUCAGUUUUUAAGACUAUUUUGUAAAAGCUACUUCUAGUAAAUACAGUAGGUUGGGUAUUGCUUCACUUUUAUGAGCGUUUCUGACUGUAUAGGUUCCUUCUGUGUGUUCAUGGAGUUAAAAUAUGAAAAGUAUCAACUGUCUGAAGUCCUGCAAAGUUGUUUAACAGAAUUACUAUCUUGAAUUUAUUAUCAAACUUUCUCUAAUGCAGACAGGUCUUCCUUUUUACUUUUUUAAUAAUGAGUUUUUGCUUACAGAACCCAACCAGCACACAUGCAUGACCACAGAAUAAAAUUUAUUGCCUUGGCUUAUAGUAGAGGGCAUCAUAUUAAAUUGACAUCUCUGUAGUUUUUAAUUGCCAUGUCUGACCUUCACAAUAAGUGAGCAGGUCUCGGGAUUAAUUUGGUUUGCAGUUUUUUCUCCUGAUCCCCUGCUAAUCAUAGAGCACUUUUUUGAGUUGUGCCCUGCAGACCUUUUCAUUCUUCAUAAUUAAAGACUUUUUGCUCAUCUGUUCCAUGAUGUACAAAAGUAGAACAUACUGGAGAGUGGUGCCAUCAUUCAUGCUGGGGAUUUUUUUUUUUUUUUUACUUGGGCCUUGUGUUUCCCCAUAUGUCCAUGUUUUCAUAGAGCAGGUAUGUAGUAAACCAUUGAGAGCUAUGCUCAUACAUCCAUGUGUGAUUGUGCUGUGAAUGCUGGGGCCAUUUUCCCUUUUGUGAUAGUACCUUCAUUGUGAUCCCAAGUUUGCACCAAAAUUUGUUGCUCUGAAAGUGUGCAUGAAUACAUGCCCAUCCACUUCCUCCAAUCCAUGCCCCCCUACCCUCAAAGAGAAGUCAGCAUUCUAAGCCUUGUUAUUGCCCCCCCAAUAUGCCAGGUUAUCAAGGUUCUUGAGCCACUAGUCUAAUCUGGGUCACCUGAGCCAUAGUCAGUGUAUUAUUCCUCUUUGUCAGUAGAGAUAGCUGAGAUUUAUUGAGUCUGCAAACGAGUAGCCCUGUCAGAAUUCCAAAGUUGUUUUUUUUUCCUUUCCUUUUUAGGAAGAGAUGUGCCAGAUUACAAUAGAAGGUAUUUUUCAGCAUUGAGUACUGUACUGUCCUAUUUUGUAGAGGUUUUCAAAUGUCUUUGCAGGUAAAUUUGCAUCUCAGAAAAAUAUUCGCUGAGUAACUAUACAGGUGUGUCCUGCUAUCUCUGUAGCUCUACGUUUAGGUGCGGACUCUUGAAAGUAUGACAUUCUAAUCUGUAUGUAUACCUGUUAUGGUAAUUUUGAUCCAGAAGUAUGCUUAACUGAACGAUCUAUUGAUCAAAGUUGGAGACAUAUGUAUACUUAGGCAAAUCUAAUACUUUUAACCUCCCAUGAAGAUAUUUGAAGAUGUUUCCUUGGUCUUGCCAGAUACUCUUUCCACUAACAGUGCAUUCUACCUCUGUGGGUAGUUGCUUAUUAAGGCUAUGAUGAAACCGGAAUCAAGCUCCAGACAGUAUUUUUUUCUGUUCCCGAGUGUCUUUGCACCACUUCCUUAGGAGGGGUAAGCUGAAGAUGUAUUAACUGCAGAACAGCAUGCAUUUGUUUUUGUGUCUCUAUCUGAUAGUUUUGUAGAAAAACAAGCAUAUUUAUUUACAUAAUUUAAAGGGUGACUGUCCCAAACUGAGAAGCUUUGUAUCAUUUAUAUCUAAAAAUCAAGUUAAAAAAUCUUAUUUUUGGGAUAUAACCAGUGAUCACACUUCAGUGCUCAUUGUCAUUCAAAGAGCACUUAACUUAAAUGUUCCUGCUGAUAUUUGCACCACAAAACAUGCAAGGCUUUUUUUCUGGAUGUAGGUUAUAGUAGAAAUGUUUCAGUGAGAAGUGUGUCAAAACUGAAAGUAAAUGUUUUGGUUAAAAUUUUGAA